AUGUCCCACGCAGGCGGCCAUUUUGAAUUUGCGGCUUCGUUUACGUAUCGUAAUCCGAGUUAUUCGAUGUCCGGACUUCUCCACAGGUAUGUAUACACGUGUCGCUAUCAUCCCAAUUUCUUCCUUUUUUAUCUGAACAUCAUUUUUACACAAUUGUUUCCGAAUGUUUCGUUACAAUUAAUUAGAAAUGAUUAUCACUGUAUUCUAUGAAUACGUCAAGUUUAUAUUAUAAUUCUUCGAAAUAUUUUAUAUGGUCAGCGCCAGAACGAAGUACAUUUAGUAUUUCGUACAUGUGCGAUUAGAUAAUUACAUAAAAAAGCUGGGUUAUCUUCAACCCUGAAGGUAGAUAUCUAUAUCGCUUUUUAAAUGGUCUUAACUUGAAAGUCAGUUGCAACGAGGUUGCGUUAUAGUUCGUAAUCUAACCCUUACGCUAGUAUAAAAAGUGGCCGUACACGUGAUACAUCUUCAAAUCAUCGUCAAUCAUCGUUGGCUGUGUUUUCUCACAGACGAUUGUGUACCUCGUUCAAUUUUAUUCACUUAGAAUAAAUGAAAUACAGUUAAUGGUUUCAUAAUAUUCGAAGAACGGAAGAUAUGCAUUUUUUCCUGUCUUUCACCAUUGAAAACUAUCGUUGAUUUUCAAACGAAUUAUGAAAAAUGGCUUCGCCGUUUACUUGUAUAACCUGUCGAGUGGCAUUUCGAGAUUUGGAGAUACAGAGGCAGCAUUACAAAUCGGAUUGGCACAGAUAUAAUUUAAAGAGAAAAGUGGCCGAACUGCCUCCGGUUUCUGUAGAAGAAUUUCAGAAGCGAGUGAUCGCGCAAAGGAACAAGGAUGACAAGGAAAGGGAAGAAGAAACGAUGAACUGCAAGAUAUGCAGGAAGAGUUUCAAUACGAAGAAUCAAUACGACAAUCAUCUGGUGUCGAAGAAGCACAAGGAAAAAUCUGCAAGGCAACACGUUACGUCUGACAUCGACAUCGAGGACAACGAUGAUCGAGCUGGCCCCUCGCCUGACUCUUCCACUAAGAAGGAUAUGGACGAAGAUAUGGAAGAAAUAUCUAUCAAAAGACCUAGAGAAGACAUGGAUAUAGAUUCCGACAUCGAAUCCGUAGACUCCGACGAGUGGAUAGAAGACACGGAGAACCCAGUCAGAAAUAAUAAUUGCCUGUUUUGCAAUCACCACAGUAGGUCUUUGGUAAAGAAUCUGAAGCAUAUGACGGUCGCACAUUCGUUCGUAGUGCCAGACCCUGAGUACUGUAUAGAUAUUAAAGGAUUACUCAUUUACCUUGGAGAAAAGAUCUUUGCUGGAUAUAUGUGCAUCUGGUGCAACCAUUCUGGAAGAUGUUUUCAAAGCGCCGAUGCUGCCAGAGCACAUAUGAUGGACAAAGGUCAUUGCAAAAUGCUGCACGAAGGAGACGCGCUCGCGGAGUAUGCAGAAUUUUAUGAUUACUCGUCCAGUUAUCCAGACGCAGAAGCCACCGAUCCAGAUGCGGAGGUCGAGAUACCGGAGUUAGACGACAGUGACUAUCAGCUAGUGUUGCCAUCGGGAAAUGUUAUCGGGCAUAGGUCCUUGAUGAGGUAUUAUAAGCAGAAUUUAAAUCCUAAUAGAGCACUCGCCGUGUCGAAGAGCACGAAAUUACGUAAGGUAUUGUCGCAAUACAAAGCCUUGGGCUGGACAGAGACUCAAAAAGAGUCCGCUGUAAAGAAAGCUAGAGACAUUAAGUAUAUGCAGAGAGUGCAGGCAAAAUACUCGACACAAUUACAGAUCAAGGCGAAUAAAUUACAGAAACACUUUAGACCACAAGUCAACUUUUAGGCCCUGUUACAUGUAUAAAUAUUGUUCCAAGACUGCACUCCUCUUGGAACUGUACAAUUAACUCUAUCGUUAGGUAUGCACAUUUAUACAUUUAUCAGCAGAAUAAAAUUGUACUUAUUUAUUCGACGUUUCCAAUAUCCGUCUAAGAGUGUGCCGUAAGGAUAGUGCAUUAGACGUUUAUCAUUACAAACUGUAAUAUUUAUUUGGCGGACACUUUUACAAAAUAAUUUAUAAUAUAUUUUCGUAACACGUGA